AGUCGAUAUAAGUAACGGCCUUCGCGGCGGAAAACUAUUCUGCUGUUGGAUCUCAGAGCGACUGGUUGGAGUGCAAAAGAAAAGUCAAUUUUUACAGCGAAUUUCCCCUUUAAUAUUUUUACUUUAUUUUGUCCUUUUAGUGAGUGAUUUUUCUGUGUUAAAGAAAUAUAUUUUUUGUAAAUAAAAAAAGUGUUGUGCAGAAGAAAUUGGAAAAAAAAAAUUAAACGUGGUUCGAGAGGUUGCAGAGAUGUGGAUAAAAGUGUCAUUCUUCCUCUCCACCCUCACGUUAAUUGUGGGGCUUCCGGUGAGAGAUAAACCCCUGCCAAUUACACAGGAGAGUAUCGAUGGGCUCAAGUACCUGCUGAAGUUGCGACAGAUGCACCUUCAGGAGCAACUGCAGCAACCACAGGAAUUCCUCUUUAGCUACAGAAUCCCAACGCAGGAGGAGCUCGCUGUGCCACUUGAUGCGGAAGCUGUGGCACUGCAGCAGAUGCUACCACCACCACAAGUACCCAAUGAGCCCAACUACUACGCCAUGAAGCCACGCAAGGGCUCGAAAAAGUAUCAGCCGAGUCAAAAGCAAAUUCACCUGCGAAAUCCCCCUCUGAGCCCAAUUGUUGUGGAAGAUGAGGACCCCAUUCGGCAUGAUUAUCCCUUUGAGGAUGUCAAUUAUGAUCUUGGGGAGCAAUUUUACCUUCCCGAGGGCCCCACGCAUGAGGAAGUGGCCACCACAGAGGCAGCAGCGGCGGCGCAAGCUGAACCUGCUCAGCAUAGAGAACUCAACACAGGCGAGACGUACAGUGCCAUCCGGAGGAAGACAGAACCCCAAGAGGACCGUGUGGAGUUCCAAAUGCACGGACAUGCAGGACCAAAGAGCUACAAAUUCGGCUACGACACGGGUAAAGGCAAAAACCGGCAGUUCCGAUUCGAAGAAGUCGACAACGAGGGAAAACUAAAGGGACACUACGGGUACUUCGACAAGGGGGGUAAAAUGCACGUAAUAAAAUACACGUCGAGUCCCGAGGAGGGAUUCAAAGCUGAAAAAGCCAGCUAGUUCCAAGCCAAAACCCUCCCAAACCCGCCUGUUCAUUCCCUCCCUCCCCCCCACACACAAAUUAAAUUAAGACAGAAAUUCCAUGAAUUUGUCGUUCACAUUGUAAGAAAAAAAAACAAACUUUGCGCGAUCACUAACGCCCACACUGGUUUUGUAUUUAUAGAGUGAUUAAAAAAAAAAGAAGAAUUAACAAGAAAAAAA